AGAAAACAGUCGAAACCAAAUGCGAAUAUAAUGUUCUUUGGUUGGUAAUGAUUUAACGUAUACCUCAUGCUUCGCGGUUUUAAAACGGUUACUCAAGUGAUGGAUUGAAUAAAAAUUAGAUUUUUUGAAGUAUUCCUUGUCAAAAUAGAAUUGACGAGUUGAUAACAGAGAAAAUAAUAUAAUAGAUGCACACUAUUUGAUUAGAAAUAAAAAUAAAUUUAUAUCUCAAUAAUAAAAUUAUUGUGAGGAUUAUACACAUAACCUCUAAAAUUAUAUUAUUGAAUCAAUGAAUUAUUCUUAUUCAAUGCAGAUUAAAUUUUUUAUUUGAAAUAUGAAGGAGUUGAAAGAUACUCAUUGCGAGGUAAAGAAAAUUGUAGAUCUGCAAUAUCCUAAUUGGAAUUUUUCAAAAGCCCUCGAUGAUGAAAGCUCUGAAGCAGGAUCUCCACGAUCAAAUGGAUAUUCAAAUGUAUUAGGUGGUUUUUUAGAAGAUGCAAAUUAUGCUUGGUUAAGUUCAGGUCCUAAAUUAAUAGUUUUCAAUACAAAAACUGGCACGAAUAUAAGUUCAUGGACCUUUAAGGAACAAAUAUCAUGCAUAUCUCUAUUUCCUAACCAACCAGGACAACUUCCAUUGCUUCUGGUUGGAACUAAUAAUAAUGCAUCGAGACUCAAGGAUUCUUUUGGGAUGGUAUGCAUAUUUAAUUGUACUACAUCUCAAGUUGUUCGAGCCAUUAAAGUGCCAACUGGUGUUGAACAAUUGUGUGUGAUAAAUGGAGGUGCAGAGUGGGAAGAAUUAAAUGAGAAACGAGUGAAUAAUCCUUUACUUGAAAAUAGCAGUGGGUUAGCAUGCGUUACUUUAAAAAAUCUUGAUCAUUUGAUGAUUGAUUUAAGACGUAAUUCAUGGGACAAUCCUUUGAGAUUUCCCUGUAUUGAUGAAUCCAAUCCAGCUGAAAUAGAUUAUUUGGAUUCUGGAAAUACUUCGAGACAUAGAACGAAUCGAGAAAAACAUUCAGCAUGCAAUCUUAUGAAUGAACUGAUUGAAAGGCACAUUGGAUUUAAACGUGAUGAAUUUGAAUCGUCUAUUUUAUAUCAAGAAUCACUUACAACCGUACUAACAUGCUCACGAAAAAUUGGUUGCCUUAUUUCUGGCUGUUUAGGCAGAGUAAUAAUUUGGCAAGGUGAUGGAGUGGUCAGAUGGAUAAGUCCAGCUGUAGAAGAUAAUUUAAUGAUAAGUCAUUUAGCUUUAUUAGAACCAACUGAUGAUCCAAGACCUUUCUGUUAUUUAUGGAUUGCGUAUCAAGACGAAUCAACGCUGUAUUGUCCGAUUUUGAAAAUGUAUGCAAUGCUAUUUGAAACAAAAUGUUCUGACAAAGGAAUUAAUUUUUAUUUUAAUCUUGAAGGAGAACCAAGUCUUAAAUUUGAGCUUGAAUUAGAAGAAAAAAGUAAAGUCAUCAGUUUAGAUCCUAUUGUUAGAGAAAGUAAUCCAGAGCAGACUGAAUCUGGUAAUAAACGUGGAGAAGACAGUCUUUUAUUAAUAAAUAUUGAAGGAAAAUCAAUUCUAUUCGAUUUAAAUCAAUGGUACAAAGAACAAAUGCCACGUUUUUUAGGUGAAUGCCCAAAUAUUCAGGCAAUUUUAUCAAGCUACUCCACUAAAUCUGAAAUUCCUUCGUCAGAGAAUACGAUAGUAAAUUGCUCUUAUAUUUUACCUACAUUAAAAGAAUUUUCUUGUUCAAAUUCUACUCCACCAGAAGAAUUUUUCUUUCCAAAUUCAUUAAGUUUUGAAUGGAUACAGUUAGGUACAAAACAAUUAAUUAGAUGGAUGACGAGAGGGGUUCAAGCUCAAUUAUUACGAGAACUUGUUAUAGCAGGUCCAAUUAUUAUAAUUCAACCCACAGAAUCUUAUCAUCGUUGUAUUACCACAGGUUUAAUAUCGUUUAAUUCAGACUUGCCUUAUAAUAAUGACUUAGACAGUCAAAGAGAUGCAAUUUUAACUUUAUGUUUGGAACAACGCUGGACUACAUUUCUAUUAAAAUGUGCUAAAGAAUGGUCCGAUGGUAGUGCAGCUUAUUUAUAUCCAGCAUUUCUUCGUUGGAGUAUUCAACGAGCAUCAACAAUAAAGCUCAGUACUCACGAGCUAUGUAUUCCAUUGUUUGAUCAAUCAGGAAACAGUAUUGGAGAAGCUGAAGUAAAAACAUUAAGGUUUUUUUCUCAACAAAUGGAAUGCUUGUGUAAUGUCAUAAAUAAUCUCCCAAUUGAAACUGAAGACGUGGAACAACAAAGACGCGCACUACGUCGUAUUUCCAUGUAUCUCGAGAUUCUAUUGUGGUUCUACGACGUUGGUUUGCUACCUGAAACUCAAGAUAUGGACGAGGAGAUGUUACCUAUCUCUCUUAUAUUGAGAAUUCCUUAUCCAGUAGAUAAAUUAGUUUCAAUAUACAAAGAAAAACGUGAACAAUUCGCCAAGAAUGUGAGAGUUAAACACGAGAAUGAAGAAGAUUUAUUUAUAGAUGAGUUGAUAACAAGAGAAUGUCCUGCAUUGAGAAGGCAAUGGGAACAAGAAAGUAAUGAAGUUCAUUGUGGAGGUCACUAUCCUCCACCAUCUCUUCAAUCACUUCUGAGGAGCUGCUUAAUCGAUUGUUAUAAUCCAGACUCUAAUGAAAUAGAAAAUAAGCAUCAAAUUAUCAUUUAUCUUCUUAUGGAUCUUGUGAUGCUGCUUCAAGGCUCGUGUCCAAAUGUUGAUCAAUUAAUUAAAUAUCCUUCAGCUUUUAAAUUCAGUCCAGGUCUUAUUAAACUUACCCAAGCACUCUUUCUUCUCGAUCAUGAAGAUUACCAAGGCUUCCUUGAUAUAAUGACUGGCCAAUUAGUUUUUGAUUCAGACAUCAAAGACUGGCAUCAUAGGUUGGUGAUGAGAACACUUUUAAGAAGUAAUCAAAGUAAAUUGGCACUUAUAUACCUCAGAGUAAGAAAACCUCCACUGUCUUCCAUUGAUGAUCAAAGUAUUGCAGUGAUUCUUUCAGUUGAGCGUGGUUUAGUUCAGUCAGCUUUUCAUCGACGACCUCCUACACACUAUACAGAAUUAUUGAUGAGAUUCUUUCGAGCUUGUAAAGUAUAUGGAAAGCUGAAUGAUAUUUUGCAUUUAGCUUUAAAUAAUGAAGAAGAAGAAACUUUUAUUCAUUUUCUUGAACAAGAAAAAUGUGAUGAAACACGAUUGCUGUAUUAUCUUCAACGUUGUAGAUAUACUGAUGCUAACACUAUUGUUCUAACAGAUUCAAAUAUAAAAAAUUUAGCCAAGACUCAGAAACCAGCUUCUAUAUCAAUAUUUCAUGCUUACAAUGCCACAUUACCUGAAAUUUCUCGUCGUUUAACUUCGAACUUCAUUCAAAAUAAUAUAGAAAUGGAUUCAAGUUCUAAGUGCCCACGUCCUAUGUCUCAUCAAAAAAGUCGAGUAAAAACUCGUGAAAUUUAUGAAACUGCCAUCAGAAAGGCUAAAGAAACAUACCUCCGUCGACCUGUGUCAGAUAAGUCAAGGGUACCAUUUUUAAGUGCUCCUUGUUUACUAUCACAGCCGACACUAGAAAAUACUGAUUUAAAUUGUGUGAUGUUUGUCGAGCGGGCUCGAACAUUCCAUGGAAAACGAUCAUUCGAUGAUAUGAGAGGUGAAGAUAUACAUCGAGAAGAGCGCUUAAAUAUGAGAAAGCGUCAAAAAAUUUCAGAUUUAUCUGAAAAAGUAAAUGAAAGUGUAGCAGAACUUGGAACAAUGUGUCAAACACCUUUGAUAAAGAGAAAAAGUCAAGUUCCACUUAUGAAAGAAAUUUCAAAUGAGACACCACAAUCUAUUUUAAAGAUUCGUCAAUUAAUUUGUGAUUCAACAUCACCUUCAGGAAAAGUAUCAUCAAGUGAAGAUGAAAGAGCUCCAGACAAGGAAAAGAAAUUAAGACAAAUUCGGUUUAGUAUUAAUCAACCAAAAACACAUGAUUCUACAAUUGAAGAUAUGGAAAUUUGCGAUGGAGAAGUGACUCAAAAGACUAAAGAUGAAAGUACAAAACAACGAGUAGCUUCUGAAGAUCAACAAAAAGCUGAAAGGAGUCCGAGUUCACAACGUACAAAUCUUAGUCCCAAGAAUGUAAAUCAACCAUGUGAUGUAUCAAUUGAAAGUGAUGAUUAUUUCAGCCCUAAUGCAAGUACUAAGUCUUUUCAUGAAAGUGCUGUUUUAACUGAUUCAUCCACUUAUUAUUCCAAAAGUAUUUCUGGUCCAAGAUGUAGACCUAGGCUAAGAAGAAGUCAACUUUAUAAUUCUCAAAAUGAUAUAACGAAAAAAUCUUCAGGUCAUAAUACAUCAUCAGAGUCUAUUACAGAUUCAAUUGAAUCUACUGUUGAUGCUUUUUUAAAAUCCGAUAUUGUUUCAAGUACUUUCAUAGAUGGUUUUAUACCUAAAACACCAAGAUCUCGAGCACGUUUAUCUGCUUUUUCACAAUGUGCUUCCGCAGUUUUGACGCCUGAUACCAGUGUUGAAAUUCCAUGUCCUCAACCAAAUCGAGCUUUAAAAUCACUUUCAUUUUCUCCUAGUACAGCUAAAAAGGAUGAUACAUAUUCUACUGAUUAUUCAGAUAAAGAGAAAAGUAUUGUAAACAGUCAACAAUAUUCUAGUACAAAAAUGACUGUAAUGAAGAAGAAAAGUUUUGAAGAGGUUGAUGAUCAAUCAGAUGAAAGUGAAAGUGUCGAAAUUGUUGAUGAAAUUCAAAAACAAACUGAAGUUAAAUCUGAAGUAAAAAGAGAAACAAAAUCCCUAGAAGUUCGGAAAAUAAUUAGAGAAAAACACAAUGUAAUUAUCUCUUCUGAUAAUUCCACAGGCACACAAUUUUCAAGCGAAGAGAAAAAAGAUGUAGUUACCAAUGACCAAAAUGAUGAAAUAAUAUCAGAAUCUCAUGAAGAUGAAGUUGUUAUUAUUGAAAAUAGAACUAUGGUUGCGGAAGAUGAUAAAGAAAGUUUCAAAGCAGUAGAUGAUUAUGAAGAUGAACUAGUAGCUUUGAAAUAUGAAGAUGAAGAAGAGAAUGAUGUAUACGAAAGUUUACAUAAUUCAAUGGAAAUAGAAUAUCAAGAUGAAUAUCUCGCUAAUAAUGCCUCUCAAGCGCAAGUAUCACCUAAAAAAACUCCUAUCGGUAAGUUUUAUGAAGAAUUCAAUAUUACGGAUGAUGAAUCUUCGAGAAGUGUUCACAGUGAUAUGAUGGAAGGAAUGGUUCUGACGAAAAGUGAAUUAGUACAAAACUUAUCUCAGGCCACAACUACUGUACUUUCAGAUAGUGUCAAUAUUACAGAUGAUGAAACAACCAAUAGCAUUGAUUCAUCACAUUUCAAGAAAUCAGAUAGUGAUAAAAAAACAAAUGAUAAUCUAAGGACUGAAACAGAUACUUCUGUACUUGAUUUGAAAGUUAAAGAUCAAAAGUCUUGUGAUAACAUGAAAGAACUAUCUCAGCCUCAAACAGUUGAAAGUCUUAAAGAAAUAACAUCAUCAGAGAAUGUUGAAGAAAUAGUUAUUCCUGAAGAUACAACACCUAUUAGAAUGACGAGGUCAAGAAGAGCUUCAUCAGUAGCACCAAGUCUUCAAGAAUCUGUUUCUGAAACACCAGAAACUCGAUCAAUACGUACUCGACGUGCUAAUUCUCUUGCUAAAGAUGUUUUUUCACCAUCUAAAUUAACUCCAACAGUAUCUUCUGGUUCAGAUAGUCCAGUUGAAUCACCUGUAAGAAGAGGAAGAGGUCGACGAUCGGUAUCGCUGAUAAAAGAAGUGUUAACAACAUCGAUACUUCCUGAACGGAUUUUAGGAGAAAUUAAUGAAACAACUCCAACUCGACAACGCUUGAGACGAGCAGUAUCUUUACAAAAAGAAAUUAUGGAACCUACGAAAAAAAUAAAGUCAGCAGAAGAUGCUCCGUCAGCUGAUGAAAAAUCUGAGCAAGAGCCCGACAUACCUAAGAAAACGAGAGGUAGAAGAGCAGCUUCUGUUAAUAAAGAUAUUGAUAAAAGUACUGUAGUACCUAGGAAAACAAGGGGAGCAUCAGUUGCAAAGGAAGAUGACGAUGUAGAGAAGAAUAAUAAAUCAAAACGAGUAAGAGCUGCAUCAACAUCAAGUGAAAUUGCCCAAGAAACUAUAGUGGAACAUUCUCACCCUGCAAAGAGAACAAGGACUACUUCAGUUUCAAAAGAACCUGCAAAUGGAUCCGUAGUAAAAGAGACUAAAUCUAAACGAAUACGAGCUGCAUCAGUAGCACAAGAAAAUUCAAAAGAAACUACUGAAGUUGUUGAAGAAAAUUUAAAUGAAGUUUCUAUUCCUCGCAGAACUAGAGCUGCUUCUGUGUCAAAAGAUAGCGUUGAAGAAACAUCAAAAAAAAACAGAGGAGGUUCAGUAUCAAAGGAUAGCAUAGGAGAUAUUGUUAGAAAAACUCGUGGGGGAUCAGUUGUUAGAGAAGAUAUUGGAGAAACAUCAAGAAAAACUAGAGGAGGUUCAGUAUCAAAAGAUAAUGUUGAAGAAUCAUUAAGGAAAACUCGUGGGGAGUCAGUUGCUAGAGAAGAUGUUAAAGAAACAGCACCUCGUAAAAAGAGGGCUGCUUCAGUUUCAAAAGAAUCCGCAGAAGAAAGUUCGAUGACAUCGCAAAAAAUAAGAACUACUUCAAUGAUAAAAGAUAGUACUGAAGAUGUAGAAUCUACUGGCAAACGAGUUACUCGGCGUAAAGGAUCUACGAAAGAUAAAUUUGAAGAAAAAAUAAAAACGAAAAAAAGUCAUAUUCUUAAUGAUGUUAUUAUUGAAGAAGAUGAUGAUGAUGAUGAUGAUGAUGAUGAAAAGGAAACUAUUUUUGAUAAAAAAAUCACCCGAAGGGGGUCUAAAAAUAUUGAAGAAAAUGUAGAUAUUGCAUCAACAACUAGAAAAAUUCGUACUACUUCAAUAACUGCAAUUCCUGAAGAAAAUGAGGAAGAUCAAGAAACACAAAAGAAAGAAAAGACCUCAGGCAGAGGAAGAUUGAGGAGAGCUGCAAGUGUUGAUCUACCGACAACAGAAACCAAACGUCGUACUCGUGGUCUUGCUAGAAGUGCAAUAUCCGAGGAACAUAAUGAGGAGGAAGAGUCUCAUCAAAUGCAGACUGAUACUGAAAUGAAGAGUAAAAAAAUUCCUACUAGGAGAAAACGAGCAGUGUCCGAAACGAAAGAUGUAAACAAUACCGUGAUAUCUGUUAAGCCGAAACGAAGUACGAAAGGAUCACAAAAAAAAAGUGGGACUGAUUCCCAACAAUCUCCACCACAAGAAAUAGAUAAUUCGUCUGAAACUGAAAUGAAUAAUGAUGUCUUUUCACCACCAACUGUUAGUUUAAACACCAGAUCUACUCAACCUCGUAGGCCGAUAACCACUUUUAUUACUCCAUUAACUAAAGAAGAAGAAGAGAAAGCAGAAAUUGAAAUAAAUAAAUCUACAAAACCAAGACAAACCCGUCGAACUUUGAGUUUACUUGGUAUUCGCACAAAGUUCGUGAUCCGGUCGCAAAAUAAUUGUGAAUAAAAAAAUAAAUAAAUGAUGUUGAUUAAUAAGUAUAAAAAUUCACAAGUUUUAAAUGAUUAAUAUCAUGGUUUACGAACGCAUAAAAUAUAACAAUUAGCUUUAUUU